AUGAUGAAACACAGAAGUAAUAUUGUUUCAAAUGACAAAUCUUCUCAUGAAAUUUUUAAUAAUAAUUUAAAUUCAACAUCUGAAAAAGAUUGUGAAGACAAAUUGUUAACAGCAAAAAGGAUAGGAUGUUUUGUUAUAUUAGAAAUCAAAAGUAGACUUAAUCAAUCAAGACAUACAAAUCAUUUUAAAAUAAAAAAUUGUCAUGUAUGUUAUGCCAUUGACUAUUUUUACAGGUUUGUUUCUGAACAUGGAGUUGAAUUAUUUGAUAUAGUUGCUGUUGCUACAUUGUCUUUGUAUUAUGCUUUGAAACAAAAAACAAAUAAAGUUAAACUAAUGGAGUUUGUUUAUCUUUAUUUAUUUAUUCGUUAUCCAGAUAUAGCCUUUGAAGGUGAAGUAUGGCUUAAUUAUUCACAACCAACCAGAGAAUUGUUUCUUUUUAUUGAAAAUGUUUUGAUUAAAACAAUAGGAUUUAAUUCUGAUAUCAUUGACAACAACACCACUGGCCUUUUAUUUUUCCAGAUAACGAGAGAAUUAAAGUUACCAGAAAAAAUUUUUAUAAGAGCUUGCUUCUUCUUUGGAGAAUUUAUAUAUUUUACAAAUUUGGAUAGAAAAUUUGAUUCAGCUACAAUUGCUGCCACAUCAAUUGAGUUAGCUUUGAAACAUAGAAAUGAAGGUAGAACUGAUUUUAUACAGUUUAGAGAUUCCCUGGCAAAUGCAGAAAGUUAUGCUUUAAAAUUGUUAUCUAAAGAUGAUGAAUUUUUUUCAGUUCUUAUAAAAGAAUGUUCAAACGAGUUCAUAAAUAUUAUAGAAAAUUUAAAAUAUGAUAAAAAAUUUGUUAACUUUGUAACUGGUCGUUUUGAGUGUAUGAAAAAAAAUAGGAUUUGGAUGGAUUUUUGUUUUAGACCAGAAGUUAUGUGA